GACGCCUUAACUCGCAGCUACAGCAUGUCCGCAGCCUACAUCAAGUCCAUGUCCCUGGACAGGAGUAAACUAACCAGCUGCCCAAGCAACAGGAUCUCCACUAGCAGCAUCAACAAAUCCGCCAACACCAGCAAUGGAAAUGUCAGCUACAACCAAAGUUCUACAUUGCCAGGUGUUUCUCAGCUUCACAGUCAGUCUUUGUAUAAUUUACCAGGCAACCGCCGCAGCUGUGCCGAAGUUCCUUUCCAUCAACCCCCACCACCACCAUAUGAUAUCAAAGCUUCAUCGAAAGAUGAUUCUGUGCUGUCAUCCAAAGAUCGCCGAGCUGUGUCUGAACACCACAUUAAUUCAGCAUUUCGAGUUCCCGUUCUGCCUGCUUCAAAUCAUGCAGAACCUCUUCGCCAUGAAAGAUCAAGUAUCUAUGAAAGUAUCAAAGAAAAAACUGAACCUGAAAAUUCAGCGUCGUCUUCUGAUCCUGAAAGUGUUCCUAUGCCAAAGCCGAGGAUGAAAAGAUUUGGACAAACGGACACCAGCUCCCGGAACUAUCUAAAAGAUUACAUUCUGCCAUUAUCUAGUACUCGACCAAACUCUUCUGAACAACAUCCUUUCAACGGCAGGGACUCUGGGAUAUUAGACGACCGCUCACCCAGUUUGGGUAAUUCUCUAGAGGGUAGCAUCACCACAACAGAUGGGCCUGUGAAUGGUUCUAAGGCACAGGGACAAACAGCUGCUGCAGACUGCAACAGUGAGCAGUCAAAGCGGGAUUCUGUACACAGAACCCCUGCAAGUGAUAGAAGCAUCACUCAACUUCUGGAUAAAGAGAUGUCCAUGAACAAUUCCAGUAAGAACAGAAACAAAAUAACAGUGCCAAGUCAGUUUUACAGUAAGGAAAAUGCCCAAGGGGAACUUGUGGUGAGGAAAAGGUCACGAGGUCAAAGGGAUAGACUGCGACAAAUUAGACAAGCAAACCGGAGGUACACAGUGCAGGGGCUGGAGAACAGUGCAUCAGGUCUUUAUGACGAAAGUGCGUCUGAGCCAAGUGAUUCCUCACGAACUGAGGUCCCUGAAGAUAUGAUGUCUGUAUUCAAAAAUAUGACAAAGGAGGAACUUCUCCGGGUUGUCUUAACCUCUAAAGCUCAGAUGAUAAGAAAAGACCAGUAUAUCAGAGAUCUGGAGAAUUACAUCGAUGACCUUCUUGUGAGAGUCAUGGAGACAACACCGAGGCUGCUCAGUCGGCACACCCUCCACAGACUGUGA